AGAAGGAAAAGAUAGAAGAUGAACUCUACGGUAUAUUUUUCUCACACUGAUUACCGCAGAAGAGGAGCAGCGCUUCAUGAAAAUGGAGGAUGGAUUUGGAGAAGCCAUUCCCAACGGCUCCAUGUUCUAAUCGGAGCGAAAACAAAAAAAGAGUAAGAGAAAUGGAGGUUUGACCUGUUGCUGCGAUCCAGGAAAUGCAACCCAGAUCUCUAGAACAAAUACUCAUUUGAAAUCUGGCCUCGAGUUGAGUCAAAAUGAGGGGAUUUUUGGUGUUUGUGGCGGUUUGUUUGAUGGGGUUUGUGGUCGGUGAUGGGCGGAGUAUUAACUCCGACAUGGCGGCGCCAAGGCGGAUUCAUACUCUGUUCUCGGUGGAGUGUCAGAAUUACUUCGAUUGGCAAACUGUUGGGUUGAUGCAUAGCUUCAAGAAGUCGAAGCAACCGGGGCCGAUCACCCGUUUGCUUAGUUGCACCGACGAGGAGAAGAAGAACUAUAGAGGGAUGGAUUUGGCUCCCACUUUUGAGGUUCCAUCCAUGAGUAGGCACCCCAAAACUGGCGACUGGUAUCCUGCAAUAAAUAAGCCUGCAGGGGUUGUCCACUGGCUUAAGCAUAGUAAAGAGGCAGAGAAUGUUGAUUGGGUUGUGAUUCUGGAUGCAGACAUGAUCAUAAGAGGCCCAAUAAUACCUUGGGAACUUGGUGCUGAGAAGAGCAGACCUGUUGCAGCAUAUUAUGGAUACUUGGUUGGAUGUGACAACAUUCUUGCUAAAUUGCACACCAAGCACCCAGAGCUCUGUGACAAAGUUGGUGGCCUGUUAGCCAUGCAUAUAGAUGAUCUUCGAGUAUUUGCACCAAUGUGGCUUUCGAAGACGGAAGAAGUGCGUGAAGAUAGGGAUCACUGGGCAACCAAUAUAACUGGUGAUAUCUAUGGCAAAGGGUGGAUAAGCGAGAUGUAUGGUUACUCGUUCGGAGCUGCGGAAGUCGGUCUCCGGCACAAAAUUAACGACAAUUUGAUGAUAUACCCGGGCUAUAUUCCUCGUCCCGACAUUGAACCUAUACUUCUUCACUAUGGGUUGCCAUUUAGUGUGGGAAAUUGGUCCUUUAGUAAAUUAUAUCACCAUGAAGAUGAUAUUGUCUAUGACUGUAACCGCCUUUUCCCCGAGCCUCCGUAUCCUCGAGAGAUACAACAAAUGGAAUCCGAUUCAAAUAAGAAGCGGGGGCUACUUAUAAACAUAGAGUGUAUCAACCUGUUGAACGAGGGCCUAUUGUUGCAACAUAAACGAAACGGAUGCCCGAAGCCACAGUGGUCAAAAUAUUUAAGUUUUCUAAAGAGUAAAACCUUUGCUGACUUAACUAAACCGAAGUAUCCAACCCCUGCUACUUUAGUAAUGAAGGAAGAUCAUGUUCCGAAACAACCGGUGAAGGAAGAUCGUGUUCAGAAACAACCAGUAAAGGAAGAACUUGUUCAGAAACAACCAGUGCUUGAUGAACUGCAGGAACCAUAUCCAAAAAUCCACACCCUUUUCUCGACCGAGUGCAGCACUUAUUUCGAUUGGCAAACUGUAGGCCUUAUGCAUAGUUUCCGCCUGAGCGGCCAGCCUGGGAACAUUACACGACUUCUCAGCUGUACCGACGAGGAUUUGAAAAAAUACAAAGGUCACAAUUUGGCUCCAACCCAUUAUGUUCCUUCCAUGAGCCGACAUCCUCUGACCGGCGACUGGUAUCCAGCAAUAAAUAAGCCAGCCGCAGUGCUUCAUUGGCUCAAUCAUGUGAACACUGAUGCAGAAUUUAUAGUUAUUCUUGAUGCUGAUAUGAUCAUGAGAGGACCAAUUACGCCGUGGGAAUUCAAAGCAGCUCGUGGACGUCCCGUUUCAACUCCAUACGAUUACCUGAUUGGCUGUGACAAUGUUCUUGCGAAACUCCAUACAAGCCAUCCCGAAGCUUGUGACAAGGUUGGCGGUGUUAUUAUCAUGCACAUAGAUGAUCUCAGGAAAUUUGCCAUGCUAUGGCUCCACAAAACUGAGGAGGUCCGAGCCGAUCGAGCUCAUUAUGCAACAAAUAUCACAGGAGAUAUAUACGAAUCUGGCUGGAUUAGUGAGAUGUAUGGCUACUCGUUCGGUGCUGCCGAGUUGCAAUUACGGCAUAUUCGAAACACGGAGAUACUGAUAUACCCAGGAUAUUAUCCUGAUCCUGGAGUUCAUUACAGAGUUUUUCACUAUGGACUUGAAUUUAAAGUUGGGAAUUGGAGCUUUGGCAAGGCAAAUUGGAGGGACACUGAUUUGGUCAACACAUGCUGGGCCCAAUUUCCAGCUCCACCAGAUGCUUCAACACUUGAUCAAACUGAUAAGAAUGCUUUUGCUAGGGACUUGCUUAGCAUAGAGUGUAUAAGAACACUCAAUGAAGCUCUGUAUCUGCAUCAUAAGAAGAGUAACUGCUCAGAUCCUAGCUCAUUGACCAACUCGAACUCAGAAAAUGAAAGUGAAGCUGGGGUUUCGAGGAAAAUCGGCAAGCUUGAUGAAAGCUAUACUGGAAAAGGCGACCAUUUAUCAACAGAGAGUUCUCAGGAAUCAUCGGAGGAGGUGAAAGAGGAUGCGAUGUUUAGUUCUUUGAGGUUAUGGAUUAUUUCUAUUUGGGUGAUUUCUGGUUUGCUGUUCUUGGUAUUGAUCAUAUCGAAGUUUUCGGGUCGGAAAGUGAAAGUGGUGAGAGGAAAACAUCAGAGGAUCAAAAGGAGAACUGCUUCCUAUUCAGGUUUCGUGGAUCGAAACGGGCAGGAGAAGUAUGUCCGAGAUCUCGAUGCCUCCUUGUAAUAUUUUCCUGCAAAGUGAAUUCAGAAGUUUUGUUGUAGACACAACAGACAAUUGCAAAGCAACCUGUAAAACAACUCCUCGUGCUGAAUGAGCGUGGCGUGCUCUUGAUCCCCGAUGUUCCUCGACGUUCAUCGUCUGUUAGCUUCCACAGAUUUUUCGAAAGUUAAUCAGGAUAAGGACUUCAAAGGGGACUUGAGAUCUGUAUUUUUUUAGCCUUUUCAACAAGAACAAGAAAAGAACCAGGGAAAUGGUUGUCAUGAACACUUCAUUCAACACUUGAGACGAUAAUAAACGAUAAUUUUAGUUAAUAAUAAAUUAUUUUCUCG